GCGGCGCUGCCUGAUUUAUUCCGGUCCCAGCAAAGAGAGAACCCGCGGGUCCCGGCUUCGCAGCGUGUGGAGCGGCGCCCUUGUCCCGCAGCAUGCAGGUUCCCCGCGCGCUAGCCGCGCUGUGCGGCGCGCUGCUCUGCGCCUCCGGCCUCUUCGCCGCGUCCGGUGACUUCUGUGACUCCAGCCUGUGCCUGAAUGGUGGGACCUGCCUGAUGGGUCAGGACAGCGACUCCUACUGCCUCUGUCCUGAGGGCUUUACUGGCCUUGUGUGCAACGAGACUGAGAGAGGUCCCUGUUUCCCAAACCCUUGCCACCACAAUGCCGAAUGCCAGGUGAUUGAGGACAUACACCGAGGGGAUGUUUUCACCCAGUACAUCUGCCAAUGCCCUCUGGGCUACUCAGGCAUCCACUGUGAGACUGGCUGUUCCACAAAGCUGGGCAUGGAAGGGGGUGCGAUUGCUGACUCACAGAUCUCCGCCUCAUCUGUGUAUAUGGGCUUCAUGGGUAUUCAGCGCUGGGGCCCAGAGCUGGCCCGCCUGUACCUCACAGGCAUUGUUAAUGCAUGGACUGCCAGUAACUAUGACAGCAAGCCCUGGAUCCAGGUGAACCUCCUGCGGAAGAUGCGGGUGUCAGGUGUGAUGACACAGGGUGCCAGCCGUGCAGGGAGGGCGGAGUACGUGAGGACCUUCAAGGUGGCCUACAGCCUCGAUGGACGCAGGUUCCAGUUUAUCCAGGAUGAAAAUGGAUCUGGAGACAAGGAGUUUGUGGGUAACCUGGACAACAACGGCCUGAAGGUCAACAUGUUCAGCCCCCCUCUGGAGACACAGUAUGUGAGACUGUACCCUGUUUUGUGCCACCGUGGCUGUACCCUCCGCUUUGAGCUCGUUGGCUGUGAAUUGAAUGCAGGAUGUUCUGAACCCUUGGGCUUGAAGAACAACACGAUUCCUGACAGGCAGAUCACAGCCUCCAGCAGCUACAAGACCUGGAACUUGCCUGUGUUCGGCUGGUACCCCCACUAUGGGCGGUUGGACAGGCAGGGCAAGAUCAAUGCCUGGACCGCCCAGAGCAACAGUGCCAAGGAGUGGCUGCAGGUUGACCUGGGGACUCAAAAGCAAGUGACAGGCAUCAUCACUCAGGGGGCCCGAGACUUUGGCCACAUCCAGUAUGUGGCUUCCUACCAGGUGGCCUACAGUGAUGACGGUGUGCAGUGGACCGUGUAUGAAGAACAGGGGGCCAGCAAGGUCUUCAGUGGCAACUCGGAUAACAACUCCCACAAGAAGAAUGUGUUUGAGAGGCCCUUCACAGCUCGUUAUGUGCGUGUCCUUCCUGUGUCCUGGCACAACCGCAUUACCCUGCGCUUGGAGCUGCUGGGCUGCUAAGUGCUCAGCCCUUCCAGCCCAAGUGACCAGAAGGGCAGGAGGCUGAGGGCCCCAGCCUGCUCCUGCGUCAGCAGGCCCUGCUGCCUUCUGUAGCUGACUGCCUCCCCAGCCCUCCCUUCUGAUUGUACUGGGGCUGGAGACAGGAGGGGGAGGGGAUGUCAGAAUUUCUCUCACCAAGCAGUUCCCUCUCCCUUCCCCCACACCACAGCCCCUAUAGGCACUCCUGCCAUCCCUUUUCUCAGGCACUGCUGGAAGUUGUGUAGGUCUGAGAUGAACAGGGGAGAAGGGUGAAGUUGGGGUAUGUGGGCUACCUGCACCAUCCCAGGUCUCCAACUCCCUGCCAGAGACUGACUCCACUAGAGGGACUUCUGGUUCCCUGCCCCUCUCUGCACACCGCACAUUCCUCUACCAAGUUCCGUUCAGGGCCUCCAGGAAGAAGAGGCCUCACACCUGCUUGCUGCCCCUCUGGGGUCACCACACUGCCCCUUAUCUCCUGUGACCCUUCUUGACCCUUGCUCCAGAGACUUGGAAGACAAGGGGACUGGCGGGUCUGUGGAGAGGCGGGUGUUCUGGCUUGGUGGCUGUGGGUCCUUUGCUGGCUUGCCAUCCAAGUAUACAGGCAGCUUCCAAAAUACAUUUGUGUUUUCCACUGGAA